CAUCCCGGCCUCCCUUGCUUGUGCCUUGCUGCAGAGUAUGUGUUUAAGCACUGGAAAGACGACGAUUUCUUUGGGUACCAGUUUCUGAAUGGCAUCAACCCCAUCAAGAUCCAGAAAUGCACCAAGAUCCCCGAAAAUUUCCCCGUGACCCAGGAGAUGGUGGCUGGGACUUUAGGGAAGUCCACGACGCUGCCGGAAGAGCUGAAGAAAGGAACCAUAUACCUGGUGGACUACAAGAUCCUGGAGACUGUACCCAGUAUUUCAUUGAACGACAAGCAGCAGUAUAUCGCGGCUCCCCUCUGCUUGCUCCACCAGACACCCAGUGGAGACGUCCUUCCUCUGGCUAUCCAGCUCAGCCAGCGCCCCGGGCCCCAAAGCCCCAUUUUCCUGCCCACCGACGAAGAGUGGAUCUGGACCCUGGCCAAGACCUGGGUGCGCAACGCCGAGUUCCACACCCACGAGGGGAUCGCCCACCUCCUCCGCGGCCACCUGAUGGCCGAGGUCUUCGCGGUGGCCACCCUCCGACAGCUCCCGAUGUGCCACCCGCUGUACAAGCUUCUGAUACCUCACCUCCGUUAUUCCAUCUAUGUCAACGUCUUGGCUCGGACUUACCUGAUUGGCCACAGAGGCACCUAUGAGAGGGCCAUUGCCACUGGGCGCCAGGGAUUAGCUGUGCUUCUCCAGAAAGCCCUGGAGGAGCUGACCUACACCCAGCUUUGCCUUCCGGACGACAUCGAGGCCCGGGGCGUGGGCUCCCUGCGCAAUUACUACUACAGGGACGACGGCCUGAAGAUCUGGGACGCUAUCGGAAGCUUCGUCUCCGGCAUCGUUGGCCUCUACUACAAGAGCGAGGCGUCUGUCCAGGGAGACGGCGAGCUCCAGGCCUGGGUGGGCGAGGUCUUCGCCAAAGGCUUCCUGAGCAAGGCGGCGUCAGGAGUCCCAUCCUCCAUCCGUUCAGCCCCAGAACUCAUCAAGUUCCUGACCAUGGUGAUCUUCACCUGCUCGGCUUAUCAUGCAGCGGUGAAUGGCGGGCAG